UCAAUCAAGUCAGGACAAUGGCAUCGACUGGGCUGAUGCUUCCUCCGCCCAGUGUAGACCAGCCUUUCAUGUAUGUGUCGGCACUCGGGGGAGGAAAUAUUCGAAUCCCCUGCGAUUUGGUUGUGGACGGCAACUCACAGGGAGAGUCCAUCUCGUGUCCAUCUCUUGCCUUCUCACUACGACACUCCAAGACCAAGUCAUGGGUUGUCUUCGACUUAGGUAUACGGCGCAACCUCGAAGGAUACACUCCUCUCUCCCAGGAGCUCAUCAAGGCCAUGAAGUUGGCCCCUGUUGUGAACCAGACAGUCACGGAGUCGCUGGUUAAGGGAGGCGUUUUCCCCGAUCAGGUUGAAACCGAUCACACCGGAGACCAUGAGCCAUUCACCAGAGCUACAUUUGUUGUGGGAGAAGGGUGCAGGGAGCUCCUGACCUCAGGGUAUCCUAUAGACCCAAACUCCUUCUCCUUUUCGACCACUCUUCCGCAUGAGCGCACCAAGUUUCUUCCUCUAUCCGACUUCAGUCUCCCCAUUGGACCGUUUCCGCUUGCAUUGGAUUUUUUCGGCGAUGGCAGCACGUAUGUGAUUGAUGCGCAUUGCGCCAGGGUUAUAGAGCACACAGGAGGACAUACCAACAUACUCGCGCGCACCUCCUCAGAUGGCGCGUGGAUUCUCCUUGGGGGAGAUUCCGCUCACGACUACAGAUUGAUUGCGGGCGAGGAAGAGGUCGCACAUAGUAUUGGUUCAUCAGGUCACAUCAGGUGCAUGCAUGGAGAUAAGGAAAAAGCGGUGGAGAAUAUCGCAAGGAUCCGGUCACUGUUGGGAAUCCCGAGAGUGCAGGUAUUGAUUGCUCAUGAUUCGAAGUGGUAUGAGAACAAGGGGUCUGCGGCCUUCUUGCCUGGCAUCAUACAGCCAUUGACUGCAUGAAUAUCAGUAAUCAAUUUACUUGCAAUUGUCCUCUUC